CUCCGCCAGCUGCGCAGACUCAGCAGCCCCUCACACCGUCACAUCAGGGUUUUCCGUCGGUCUACGCGGAUUUAUACUUAUUUAUUUAAAUACGCGUUAUAUAAUACACACCGCCUUAAAACACACACACUCGCAUACUCUGAUCGUCCUCAUCCUUCCAACCCAGCCGAUGCACAAGUCUUCCUGACAUACUUGAAGCGACAGCGUUGACCUGGAUAUCCGCUGAGCCUUUGUCGCACAUUGAGGCAUUCCUCUUCAAGCAGACGGUGUCGGCAGCUCACCAGCAACCCAGCAGCUCGAAGAGUGGUUGCAGCAUCCGUCUGAGAAGAAGAAUAAAGUCACUUUGCCCACGCUGCCCUCACCUGUUGUCCUCAUCUCAUCUAAUAUGGCAGACCCCAGCCUCACGUCGCCUUCUGAGACCCCCCUGCGUUCCCCAAACUCCUCACUGACGCUCUCUUUCCCCUUUCUGAGAGAGGGGAGUCGUGUGUGGAAGGAAGGAGCAGAGGAACCUCUGCCCCGGGAUCUGCCCAGCCCACUGCCAACCAAACGCACCCGUACCUACUCAGCGACAGUACGUGCUCACUCAGGUCCAGUGUUCAAGGGUGUGUGUAAAAACUUCUCCAGGUCACAGGGUCACGGCUUUAUCCGGCCCUCCCACGGUGGUGACGACAUCUUUGUUCACAUCUCAGACAUUGAAGGAGAGUAUGUCCCAGUUGAGGGAGACGAGGUCACGUACAAAGUGUGCCGCGUCCCACCCAAGAACUUGAAGGUGCAGGCAGUGGAAGUGAAGAUCACACAUCUCAACCCAGGGACGAAACACGAGACCUGGUCCGGGCAGAUCAUCAGCUCGUAGGCCUGAGCUUCGGACCUGGAGGGUCACCCUGGGCAGGGGGGGUGGGGGGGUAAAUGAGCCAUGGGGACUGAUAACUUUCAUUCUGAGCUCAAAUCCUUUAAAAGCAUGUUUUACCUGCACAGCAAGAUUUUCAGUGUGUGCCCAUGUACACAGAUUAAAAAUGACAACACUGAUAAUUUUGUGUACAUGUGAAACUGGCCUUUUAUUGAUUGUGAGUGAAAAACCUAAUUAGUUGUACUAAUUUCUAUUUCAACAGCAAUAAUACAAGUCUGAUUUGAGUGUUAAGAGACCAGCGCAUACUGGCUACUGAACCAGAUAGAGCCUAAGGGCCUAUUAUUUCAUGGUGAUCAGCUGUGUAAAGAACAAAUUGUUGGGAAAAUGUAAACAUAGCUGUGGUGCAGAACUGCAGCUAAGACAUGACUGCUGAUAGAAAAAGAUUGACAUAAGACAAAAGGCUGAAUUCAGUUUUACUUCUACAUCUUUGCAGCUGUCCUGCACUUGUUUACUUGUCUAGAGUUUCCAGGAUCACAUGCUGAGUUCAAGCAGCGGGCAGAUGACUUAUCUUAGCAUUUUUUUUUUUUUUUUACAUUAAGUGCAGACUUUGGAAAAAAGAUUUUGAAUUCAGCAAGAGAGAUACAGGAUGUAAAAGAAAGUAGUUAUGGUGAUGAAGAUGGAGGGUAUUUGAGGUGAUUACAAAAUUGUCAUACUGCUGUAGUUGUACAUUAGAAACUCGAUCUCAUGACCUACUUUUGGGUUUAAAGCCACCAGUUUUGAAACAUCACCUAAAAUGGUAAAGAAAGAGGAAGUCAUAUUUUGAAAUGGAGAAGGGAAUGUCCUGAAGAUUAGGAAGAACAGGUUAGAAACUCAGAAGUGAAUCUAUGUUGAAGCGCGAAGGACUGAAGCAAACAAAACACAGUAAAUCAAGCAUGGAUGCUUCACGUCCCAGAAAACAAAAAACGGAAAAAAGUUAAAUUCAUGUCAUCGUAUUGUCUUGAUUGUGGUUAUUUAUUUGUUAUUUAUUUGAUGAUUUCUUUAGAUUUGUGUGUGUCCUUUGAUUCCACGCUCUAUAUUCUCAAUACAGUCAAGACUUGCACUUAAAGAUUUUUAACACCCACAAUGAGAACUGUUACUGCACUGCAGACCUCAGUGUAAGGUUUAACUCAGUUAGCAGACAUGUUGGAAAACUGUUGAUUUAAAUUGUAUGGAGCUUUGGAAAAAAAAAAAUCUAAACCUCAUUUUCUAUGAUUACAAAAUCACUGUACAUGGUUGUGAUUUAUUGAGAGAAUCAAAGUGAUGAUGAACUAUAUGAUUUCAUAGUUUGUGCCAUUGAGACCAUGGUUAUUCAGGUUAUGCUCAGUUACAAACUGUACUGUAUGUCUUUUUUAUAUUAUAACCUUUCCAUAGAAUCUCUGUCUUAUAUUGUCUGUUUGUGUCACUGCCCAUCUCUAUUAAUUGUAAGUUUUUGUUAAUUUCUGUCACAUCAGAUUUAGCACUUUGUUUUGUGGACAAGCCACUGUGGUGGUGAUUCCCAUGAUUACUUAAACAGAGCCUUGAAGGAACAUUAAAGCAUUUUAUGAUUCACACA